AAUUUUGAGUGGCGCAAAUAAAACGUAAAAACUUUGAUUAUCCGUCAAAAUGCUGGUUCGAUGCCUGAUAAUCAGAGUUAUACUGUAUGUACAUUAAUCAGUUACUGAUAAAGUGUAAAAUAUUCUGUAAUAGUUGAUAAUAAUAAACGGAACAUAUGUGUUUUCUAAUCAAAUCUUGCUGUCUCUUACUGUGGCCUCAUUAUAUAAAUUUUGUAUUUUAUGGAAAGUUUGUUGUUUGUAAAGAAGUGAAUUUUUUGAUUGUGAGAUCAUGAACAAAAGAAUUAUUAUUGUUGGAGCAGGUGCUUCAGGAGUGGCAGCGGCUACAAAACUCGUAUCGAAUGGAUUUAAGCAAGUGACAAUUCUAGAAGGUGGAAAUCGCAUUGGGGGACGAAUCAACACUAUUCCGUUUGGAGCAAAUGUUGUCGAUAUGGGAGCUCAAUGUUGCCAUGGUGAAAACGGGAACGUCGUUUAUCAAAUGGCCAAAGACAAAAACGUCUUGGCACAUAGCAAUGAAGAGGACUUUUCGACAACAUUUGUUCGAUCUAAUGGUGAAGAAAUCCCUAGUGAACUAACAAAAAAACUCUUGAGUUUGAUGGAAAGCAUCUAUAAUUCUUCGAUUAAUAGAGAUAAAAAGUCCUCGCAUCAUGGAUCUUAUGGGAAUUAUUUUGCAAAAAAAUACAAGGAAGCGCUUGGUACCGAAGAAUAUAAAGAGGUUAGUGCUGAGGUGGCCCGUGAACUUCACGAUUUGUUUCAUAAAAUGACAAACUUGCGACUUGGCACAACAUGGUAUGACACGUCAGGCGAUGUGCAUGGCCGUGAAAAUUGUGACGGUGACUUCAGCAUGAAUUGGAAGGACAAAGGUUAUGUAACGGUUUUUAAUUUGUUGCAGAAUAAAAUUUCUGGUGGCAAAACCUCACAGCCAGUGAUCGAUGUUAAUCCAUUGAUUGAAUUCAAUAAGGAGGUAUGGAAAAUUGCCUACAAUCAACCUGAUGGCACCAUAAAAAUCGAAUGCAAAGACGGUAGCUCCUACUCCGGUGAUCAUGUGAUUUGCACGGUUUCGUUAGGUGUUCUGAAAGAGCAUCAUUUGAACAUGUUUGAGCCAUUGUUGCCCCUGUGGAAAAUUGAUAGCAUCGAAGGAAUGAUGAUUGGAGCUCUGGACAAAAUCUAUUUAGAGUUCGACAAACCAUUUUGGAACGAAGAUUGGAAUGGAUUUUCUCUCUUGUGGAAGCUGGAGCAAUUGAAAGAAGUGCAAGCGGAUCCAGUAAACGGAGAUUGGCUCGACGGAUUAUUUAGUUUUUAUCGAUUCAAUCCGCUUCAACCAAAUGUGAUUUGUGGUUGGAUUGUUGGUAAAAGAGCACAAAAAAUGGAACUUAAGAGUGAUGCCGAUGUCAAAGCAGGGGCCGAAAGGGUUCUUCGAAUGUUCUUGAAACAAUGGAACAUUCCUGAUGCCAAAACCAUGGUUCGCUCAAAGUGGUAUUCGAAUCCCCUAUUUCGUGGAGCUGGCGCUUGCUACACUCUCAAAGCAGAGGCAUUAGGUGCAAAUUGUCAGAAACUUGCUCAAUCAAUAGAUGACUCAAGUGGCAAACCUGUUGUACAAUUCGCUGGAGAGGCCACUAACACCAAGUACUAUUCAAGUGUACAUGGCGCGGUUGAAUCGGGAUGGCGCGAGGCAGAUCGUCUCAUCAAUUUAUAUACAUCUUAAGAAUCUUGAAAUUGAUUUAUUCAUGCAAAUUCAGCUUAAAAAAGAAUAUUCAUUAAUUUCAAUUGAUUUUUGGUGAAGUACGUCCCUUUUACCUUGUAAAAUUCGUUUCCAAAGUAUCCUCUCUUCGUGGUCUAUGCAAUCAAAGGCAGUCAAAGAUUGAUUUUCAAUAAAUGAAGAUAAGCAGCGGUUAAAAAUUGAAGGCAUUUUAUUUUCCAUGAUCAUUAUCAAUAGAUAUUUUUUUGUCAUUCUCUUGUCUUAAAAUAAAAAUUAAAGUUCAAUUUAAGUAUGCAGACACCUGUUUCCACAGAAUGUUUGUUAAUUA